AUGCUUUUCUGUCCAAACUGCGCAAAUUUGCUUGUCAUAUCUGCAGAAACGGGGUACAACAAAUGGGCAUGCAACACCUGUGCGUAUGAGUUCCCGAUAACUAAGCAAAUGACCUCGCGCACAAAAAUGAAGCGCAAGGUGGUUGAUGACGUUCUAGGAGGCGAGGAAAUGUGGAAGCACGCUGACUCGACCGGUGCGACGUGCCCCAAGUGCGACUUUGGCAGGGCGUACUUCUAUCAGCUCCAGAUCAGGUCCGCUGACGAACCCAUGACGACAUGUGCCUCUUGUGGGAACAACUGGCGAGAAAACUAA